AUGGCGGGAGCUAACCAUGCUAUCGGAAUUGACCUGGGGACAACCUACUCUUGCGUGGCUGUGCAGCAUGAUCAUGUAGAAGUUAUAGUGAAUGAUCAGGGGAACAGGACAACUCCUUCUCACGUUGCUUUCACAGAUACUGACCGCUUCAUUGGUGAUGCUGCUUUCAAUCAGGUCCUCAAAAACCCCGUCAACACCAUCUUCGAAGCAAAGAGGUUAAUUGGUAGGAGGUUCAGUGAUGAAUGCGUUCAAAAUGAUAUGAAGCAUGGGCCAUUCAAGGUCGUUGAAGGUCCUGCUCAGAAGCCAAUGUUUGUGGUUACGCACAAGGGCGUGGAGAAACAAUUUGCCGCUGAAGAAAUCUCAUCUAUGGUUCUUCUAAAGAUGCGGGAGAUUGCUGAGGCCUACCUCGGUUCAACGGUGAAAAAUGCAGUUAUCACCGUCCCUGCCUACUUUAACGACUCUCAGCGACAGGCUACGAAAAAUGCAGGUGCUAGUGCUGGCCUAAAUGUGAUGCGUAUCAUCAAUGAGCCGACUGCUGCAGCCAUUGCUUAUGGGCUUGACAGGAAGUCCGGUUGGUAUAGCAAGAGAAAUGUGAUGAUAUUUGAUUUUGGUGGUGGUACUUUGGAUGUUUCACUUCUUACCAUAGCUGAUAGUGUCUUUGAAGUGAGGGCCACUUCUGGAGACACUCAUCUAGGAGGUGACGACUUUGAUAACAGAAUGGUGAAUUAUUGUGUUGAGCAAUUCAAGAGGAAGCAUAAUGUAGACAUUAGUGGAAACCCAAGGGCUCUUGCGAGGUUAAGAAAUGCCUGUGAGAAGGCGAAGAGGAGGCUUUCGUUUAUGUCUGAGACUGACAUUGACAUUGAUUGUUUGAAUCAGGGUAUUGAUUUCUGCUUGACUAUUACACGUGCCAAAUUCGAGCAACUCAACACGGAUUUCUUUGAGAUAUGCAUGCAGCCUGUUGAAAAGUGUUUGAAGGAUGCAAAUAUGGACAUAAGCAGCAUCGAUGAUGUUGUCCUUGCCGGUGGCUCUUCUAGGAUCCCCAAGGUGCAACAGCUUUUGCAGGAGGUGUUCAACGGGAAGGAGCUGUGCAAUGGCCUUAAUCCUGACGAGGCUAUCGCAUACGGUGCCGCUGUUGAAGCUGCAGUCUUGAGUGGUGGGAAUCCAACUGGGAAGCUUCAAGACUUCAGACUCUUGGAUGUCACCCCUGUGUCACUUGGGGUAGCGACUUCACUCUAUACGGGUGAGAAAGAUUUUAUGACAGUUGUGAUUCCAAGAAACACCAGAAUUCCUGUCAAGAAGAAGGUGGUUAUUACUUCCCAGGACAACCAAUCUUCUGUCCCCUUUCGCGUUUAUGAGGGUGAGAGUGCAACUGUUAAAAAUAAUAACUUUUUAGGUGAAUUUUACCUUAAUGACAUUCCUCCAGCUCCCCAAGGUGUUCCUAAAUUUGAAACAUGCUUUGACAUUGAUGAAAAUGGGAUUCUAAGGGUCUCUGCUGAGGACAUGUCGACCGGCCAGAAGAAGGGGAUUACAUUCAACAGUGACCGAAGAAAUUGUGAAGGAAUUGAGACUGAUCUAAAAUAA